GUAUCUAGCUUUGUGAGUGUGCGCUUGUGUUCAUGCCGUCAUGCCGGUGACCAUGAGAGUGUGUCUGAUCCUGUUGCUGAUCUCUUUGGGCCUUGCCAGCUGUGGCCAGAUACCACUCAAAUCAACGAUGACAUACCUAACAAAGGAAAACCACAAAAACAAUAACAUAACAAUAAAGGUAAUGGUACAUUUCGACAAAACCCUGACGAGAAAGUUAGUGAAGGAACACAAAAUCAAAACGAGAAAGAAACUAAAGUUGGUAACGCAUGGAAUUCUGGACGAAGCCAAGAAUUACUUCAAACAUUCAAGUUUGAACCAGAAUGUUAAUUUCAAGUUGUUAGAUACAAGAUUCUUGAAAGACAGCAAAAAUUUACUUAGUAAUAAAGAUGCGAGGGUAUAUCUGAAGAACUACUGCGAUUGGCAGACGAAGAAAAAGGUUGCAGCAAACACUCUAUACUAUUCGGUUUUGUUUACCGGAAUGGAUUUGUUUCAUAUGAAAAAUGGGAAGCUUGUAAAAACUAGUACAGGACGUAGCUACACCAAAGGCGCUUGUCACGUAAAAAAAAGUUGUGCUCUAAUAGAAUGGAAUCCGAAGCUCGUUGGAUUUUUGGUUGCUCACGAAAUUGGUCACAGCCUCGGCAUGAGACACGAUGGUCCUCCUCAUAACCGGUGCAGAGACCAGAACCACAUCAUGGCGACCAGAUAUGAGCCACGGCGCCAUCCGAAGACAUGGACUUCGUGCAGUUUGAACACGCUCAAACAGUUUCUAAACAACGAUCAUCUCUCAUGGUGUGUUAAGAACGACAAUGAACAAGGAGUUACUUUUAAAUACUUACAGUGAACUCAGCCACCUAACCUUCUGUGAUAAACUGCCUACCUACAUAACAAUUAUCUAUGGAUCAAAAAUUAGGUUAAAAUAUAGCUAAUUAACCUUUAACCUUAUUGUGAACACUUAGCUAAAAUUAUAGAAUAUAUACAGACUAAGUCUAGAUUAAGCAUUACCAGUUGACCGCGCUUCAAAUGCGGGUAGUGGUUAGAUAGGGAUGAGAGAUGCACUUAAGAUAAACGUAUAAUUUAAUGUGUGAAAUAAAGGACUGACCGUCGACAUACUCCUAAUCCAAUCGUACUAUGCAAUGCUAUGCAAUGUGUGUGGUGUAAAGACGGUGCAUUUUUCAUUAUUUAAGGCAUAAAUAGUAUGACUAUUUAUGCUUCAAUUAGUACUAUUCUUUGAAUAUAUGUCAACUCACUUGCUUUAUUUCAUAAAUAAGUGCAGUGGCCUUACCACAAGCUGUAUAAAAACAAACCUGCGAUAAGCUUAGUUUGCCCUCAGGAUACGAAAUAUCGAAACAUUAUGGAAUCGUUAUGAAUUUAAGAGCUUGUAGUAGGGCUGGUGCUAGGCGGCUUUAAUGAGCUAUGACUAUUUCUCUACACUUUAGGGUUUUAUGUUCUCUAGUCAUAUUAUUUACUUUGUUAAUGCUACAAUUAAUUAAUGUCUAUUUCAGUGCAAAGGUACCUAAUUAAAUACAUAUGUUAUUUAUAAUGGGAAUCACUAAAAUAUUCUGUCAUGUACGAGGCGAUUCAAUACUGUAUACUGUAUAAAUGUACCUAAAGUGUACAUAGCAUUUUUACCAAAAUAAUCCCAUAAUAAUAAUUUAACUAUGUAUUUUAGUAAUAUUUUGUAUGUUAGUAAUGUUGUUUAAGUAUACGUGAUUAUUGUAAUGCAUUUUUUAAUAACUGAAGCUGUUUUUCUUUAUAAUUAUUAGUUUUUAAUUUGAUAAUAAAGAUAAUAAACAAAACUUUUAGUAUUG